AUGGCUUCUGAGGCUGCUCAGAAUUUCCUUCAGCCACUGUCUUCUUGGAUGUCUCAAAUAUAUGAAGCUCUCCAACAAGCAGGAGACUCUAUAUCUACUUCACUGCUGAAUUUGAGUGGAGUGGGUCGUAAGUCAGAAGAAGAGAGGAAGCAGGACUUGGAGAAUAAUGGAGGAGUUUAUGAGGAUUAUUCUGAGGAAUCGGAGGAUGAACAAGACCUGGACCUCUGGGAUGAGGAAUAUUUAUAUCCUAGAGAAGAUGGUUACAUUGGGGGUCCUGAUCUUGCUUCGCAAAACCUCCCUCAUGGCUCCGACUUGGGUCCACAGAGGCAAAAACGGGUUAAAAAUACCAGCACCUUGCCAGAGCACUGUGUUGAAAACACCAGGUCUUUGACAGCCAAUGGAUCCUACUGGACAAGUGAAGAUCUCCAGCCACUUGAUCGGCUUCCUCCCAUCGCUGAGGAAGAAGAUCUGGAUGGACUAAGCCAACUGAGUUACCAAGACAACCUAUCCUAUCGUGGAGAUGACCAUGUAUCUGUUGAUUCAAGAACAACAACUGGGAAUAGGGGCACUGGGCAGCAUAAAGGGCCCAGGAUGGAGCCCAGCAUCAGGGAUGGAGUUAGCCGGGCAGCCACGGAAGGACGUUUGGAAAUGGAGACAGCACCUGCCAACCAGGGAUUGGAAGUAAAUGAUGCUACUGACAGCUCAUCGGCUUGGAGCCCUGAGGAACAUAAUGAAGUGAACAGUGUACCAGCUCAUCAUGGCACUCAUGAGCCCAUCUGCAAAUGUGGUGAUCUAGAUGUCAUCUUCAACUAUAAACCCUUGAGUCAAAAGCUGGUGGUUACUAUCUUGGAGGCCAGGGACAUCCCAGACAAAGACCGCAGCGGUGUGAACACCUGGCAAGUGCACACAGUUCUGAUGCCAGGCAAGAAACAGAGGGGUAAAACGAGCGUUCAGAGAGGACCCAUCCCCAUCUUCAAGGACAAAAUUGCCUUCAGUAAGCUGGAACCACAGGAGUUAAGCAGCCACGCCGUUCGCUUCCGCCUCUACGCGGUGCACAAGAUGAUUGCAGAGAAGAUGAUGGGAGAGCAGCUGUUCUACCUGAGCAACAUCAGCCAGGAAGAGGAAGUGAAGGUGACACUGGUCCUGGAGCCCAGAAGUAACCUGAGUAGUGCAGAUUCUCAGCUUAGUCUGUCAGCAAUCUCUCACAGUGAUAGCGCUUCUUCAACACAGUCCCUGUCGCAUGGAGGGGUGCCAGAGCUGCUCGUGGGAUUGUCAUACAAUGCCACUACGGGGCGGCUGUCGGUGGAGAUGAUCAAAGGCAGUCAUUUCCGAAACCUCGCAAUUAAUAGGCCACCUGAUACCUAUGGAAAGCUCUGCCUGCGCAACUCUGUGGGUCAAGAGAUGUCUCGCUGCAAGACCUCCAUCCGCCGAGGACAACCCAACCCUGUCUACAAGGAGACCUUCAUCUUCCAGGUUGCCCUCUUCCAGCUCUCUGAUGUCACCCUGAUGAUCUCCAUAUACAACAGGCGCAGCAUGAAGCGCAAGGAGAUGAUCGGCUGGAUUUCCAUGGGUCAGAACAGCAGCGGAGAGGAGGAGCAAAGCCACUGGCAGGAAAUGAAGGAAUUGCAGGGGACGCAGGUCUGCAGGUGGCACACGCUGCUGGAGUCCUAGUGGUUACCAGGGCAACUUGCAGAUCCUGGGACAAAGGGCUGUCUUACCUUGUUCUCAGCCAGCAGAAAACAGCUAUCCCGUGGCAAGCACUGUGCUCUGACGGGGCAUGUGUGCUUUAACCUGGCUGCUUGGUGUCAGCAGUCAUGGGUAUUAAAGGUGGCAAGGCCUGGGAAGCACAUUUAGUUCUUGCCUUUCCAGGUUGUCCUGCAUUUUCUACAUCCAUAUAAUUA